UUUGGUUACAUAACGUUUCUCUUAAUUAAUGUUAGAUGAUGUACGAUUCUCAAAUUUCUUACAUAUAAAUCAAUAUCACGAGUCUUAGUUGAAACACACCUUGAAGAAUCAUGAUAAAGGAAUUCAACACCCAAACAACACUGAAUGUAGGGUUAGAGGCCCUCUGGGCUGCUCAGUCCAAGGAUAUCACCUUAGUUGUUCCAAAGGUUCUACCAAAUAUUGUGAAAGAUGUGCAAGUAAUUGAAGGGGAUGGAGGGGUUGGUACCAAACUCAUCUUUAAUUUUUUGCCUGGUAUAGCCCCAGUAAAUUAUCAAAGGGAGGUGAUCACUGAGUAUGAUGAGUUAUCUCAUACAAUUGGGCUCCAAGUGGUUGAAGGAGGCUAUCUGAAUCAAGGCUUGUCAUACUACAAGACAACUUUCCAAUUCUCAGCAAUAUCAGAGAAUAAAACUUUGGUGAAUGUGAAGAUCUCUUAUGAUCAUGAAUCUGAGCUUAUAGAAGAAAAAGUCAAACCUACCAAGACAUCAGAGUCCACUCUAUUUUAUCUUGGGCAACUAGAAAAAUUUCUGUUAAAUGGUGCUUGAUGAAUUAAUAUUUGACAUAUGUACCAUUUUUGUUUUGUUGAAGAUUGCUUUACUAUUUAAACAUAGAAAUAAGGACCAAGAGCAACACCUAUUAGUAAUUGAUAUGAGAAUCCAUUUGACCUUGACUUGAUCUUCA